GCGGGAUGGCGGCGGCGCGGUGGGAAGGAGCGGCUCGGAGUGAAGCCAUGACCCUGGAAGGCGACGAGUGGGAGCUGAGUAAAGAAAAUGUACAACCUUUACGGCAGGGGCGGGUCAUGUCCACACUUCAGGGAGCUUUGGCACAGCAGGAAUCUGCCUGUAGCACUACUCUUCAGCAGCAGAAACGGACAUUUGAAUCUGAAAUUCGAUUUUAUGCUGGAAAUGACCCUCUGGAUGUUUGGGAUAGAUAUAUUAACUGGACAGAGCAGAAUUACCCUCAAGGAGGGAAGGAGAGUAACAUGUCAACAUUAUUAGAAAGGGCUGUAGAAGCACUACAAGGAGAAAAGCGCUAUUAUGGUGACCCUAGAUUUCUCAGUCUCUGGCUUAAAUUGGGGCGUUUAUGCAAUGAGCCUUUGGAUAUGUAUAGUUAUUUACACAAUCAAGGGAUUGGAGUUUCACUUGCUCAGUUCUAUAUCUCAUGGGCUGAAGAAUAUGAAGCCAGAGAAAACUUUAAGAGAGCAGAUGCAGUAUUUCAAGAAGGGAUUGAGCGGAAGGCCGAGCCACUAGAAAGACUGCAGUCUCAGCACCGACAGUUCCAAGCCCGUGUAUCUCGACAAACUCUGUUAGCACUUGAGAAAGAAGAGGAGGAAGAGGGAUUUGAAUCUUCUGAAUCACAACGAAGCACACUAGCUGAACUAAAGAGUAAAGGGAAAAAGACAGCAAGAGCUCCUAUCUGCCGUGUGGGAGGUGCUCUCAAGGCUCCAAGCCAAAAUAGAGGACUCCAAAAUCUAGUUCCGCAGCAGAUGCAAAGUAAUUGUAGAAUUACGGUUUUUGAUGAAAAUGCUGAUGAAGCUUCUAGAGCAGAGUUGUCUAAGCCUACAGCCCAGCCAUGGCUGGCACCACCUGCCCCCAGGGCCAAAGAGAAUGAGCUGCAAGCAGGCCCCUGGAACACAGACAGGUCCUUGGAAUACAGGUCUCAUGCCAGUUCAUCUUCUAUCACAGCUGUAUCUACUUCUCUUCCCAGUUUUACUCCAUAUGUGGAAGAGACUGCACAACAGCCCGUUAUGACACCAUGUAAGAUCGAACCUAGUAUAAAUCACAUUUUGAGUACUAGAAAGCCUGGAAAGGAAGAAGGAGAUCCCCUACAAAGGGUUCAAAGCCAUCAGCAAGGGUCUGAGGGGAAAAAAGAGAAGAUGAUGUACUGUAAGGAGAAGAUUUAUGCAGGAGUAGGGGAGUUCUCCUUUGAAGAAAUCCGGGCUGAAGCCUUCCGGAAGAAACUGAAUGAGCAAAGGAAAGCUGAGCUAUUGACAAGGGCAGAGAAGAAAGCAGAAAUGCAGAAACAGAUCGAGGAGAUGGAAAAGAAGCUAAAAGAAAUACAAACUAUUCAACAAGGGAGAGCGGAUAAUCAGCAAGAAGAGAAGAUGCCUACCCAGGAGACAGAAAAAUUGCAAAUUGCUUCAGAGUCUCAGAAAAUAGGAAGCAUGGCUCUGUCCAGUUGUGUUUAUCCACUAAACUCUUAUCCCAGGGAGCCUUCACUUGCAGAAAACAUUUGUCAAGAACAACCUCACUGUAAAGGUCCCGAUAUGCCUUUUUCCAUUUUUGAUGAGUUUCUUCUUUCAGAAGAAAAGAAUGAAAGUCCUCCUGCAGAUCCCCCACAGAUUUUAGCCCCACGAAGACCACUUGCAGUCCUCAAAACUGCAGGAAGCAUCACAUCAAAUGAGGAUGUGUCUCCAGACGCUUGUGAUGAAUUCACAGGAAUUGAGCCUUUGAGCGAAGAUGCCAUCAUCACAGGUUUCAGGAAUGUAACUAUUGGUCCUAACCCCGAAGACACCUGUGACUUUGUUAGAGCAGCUCGCCUUGCAUCUACUCCUUUUCAUGAGAUAAUGUCCUUGAAGGACCUCUCUUCUGAUACUGAGAGGCUGAUGCAGGAAGAGGAUGUAGAUGCAAAGAGCUCUGAAGGCCAGCCAAUCGCAUGCAGCACUAGCUACCAUCAAGCCCUCAGCAGCAAGAAGCUGAGCCCAAUCAUUGAAGACAGUGGUGAAGCCACACAUUCUUCUGGCUUUUCUGGAUCUUCUGCCUCAGUUGCAAGCAUCUCCUCCAUCAAAAAUCUUCAGAUUCCCGAGAAACUGGAACUUACCAGUGAAGCUACAGAAAACCCUUUGCAGUCACCCUGGUGUUUACAGAAUCGCAUCCAUCUACUAAGAUCUCUACCAGAGUUAAGUGCUUCUGCAGAGUUUUCUGUAGAAGAUAGACCAAUGCCUAAAUUGGAAAUAGAGAAUGAAAUUGAAUUAGAUAAUGAAGAUUAUUGUAUUAAACAAGAAUACCUAAUGUGUGAAGAUUACAAGUUAUUCUGGGUGGCACCAAAAAACUCUACAGAGUUAACUUUAAUAAAGGUAUUCACUCAACCUGUUCCAUGGGACUUAUACAUCCACCUCAAACUAAAGGAACGCCUGAAUGAGGAGUAUGAUCAGUUUUACAGCUGUUACCAGUACCAAGAUGGUUGUAUUGUUUGGUACCAGUAUAUAAACUGUUCUACCCUUCAGGAUCUUCUCCAACACAGUGAAUUUAUUACCAAUGAAAUAACAGUACUGAUAAUUUAUAAUCUGCUGAUAUUAGUGGAGAAACUACACAAAGCAGAAAUAGUUCAUGGAGAUCUGAGUCCAAAGAGUCUGAUUCUACGAAAUAGAAUCCACGAUCCCUACGAUUUUGAUGAGAACAGUCAAGCUUUGAAGAUAGUGGACUAUUCCUACAGUGUUGACCUGAGAGUACAGCUAGAUGUUUUCCCUCUCAGUGGCUUUCGGACUACACAGAUCCUGGAAGGACAAAAGAUCCUGGCUAACUGUUCUUCUCCCUACCAGGUAGACCUGUUUGGUAUAGCAGAUUUAGCACAUUUACUAUUAUUCAAGGAACACCUACAGGUCUUCUGGGAUGGGUCCCUCUGGAAACUUAGCCAAAAUAUUUCUGAGCUAAAAGAUGGUGGAUUAUGGAAUAAAUUCUUUGUGCGGAUUCUGAAUGUCACUGCUGAGUCCACAGAGUUGGUUCUGAGAGAACUCGCAGCAGAGAUGAAUGAGGUUUUUGACAGCACGUUCCACAGUCACCUGAACAAAGCCUUGUGGAAUGUAGGGAAGUUAUUUAGUCCUGGGGCUUUGCUCCUUCAGCAGGACAGGCAGACUCCUACCUGACACAUGGGUGGACUGUGGAGCACUCCGUCUGUAUAUGCUGUAAUUAACUGACGGUACUUGUAGGCACACUACCGAUACUUUUGUCCUUUCUGGUAGUUACUCUGGUCUGCUUUCUGAGUAACUGGCAUCUUCUACCCAGCACUGGGCCUGUUUUCAGCCUUAUCUGACUCACCGUUUUAUUCUAAAUGGUUGCAUAAGAAUGAGUACUGGAUUGUCAUUUAAUUCUUGUGUUUCUACUUUCCCCUGUACACAGAUAACCUUAUAUUUCAUAAAAAAUAAAGUAGUAGUUGUUAAA